AUGGGAACAUGUGGUAACACUUUAUGUAUUCUCGUAUUUUUGCGUAGAAAAUUUCGUCAUAGUAUUGUUACACCCUAUUUUAUUACUCUUUUAAUUGCCGAUUGUUUUUACUUAUGUUUUCGUGUUAUUAAAUUAUUCUAUUAUCAACAAAUAUUAUUCAAACAAAUUCUUCAUAGUUCAUGCAAAGAUAAUAUUGUUACCAAGCUUUAUGGGAUAUUUACACAAAAGUUUUCAGAAAUUUUCAUACCAUUUGUACAUUUUGAAUUUUACAUACGAUUUUCUCUCAUUUUAAUGGCAUUUGUAUCGAUUCAACGUUCAUUUUACAUAUCGAAAUCAAUUACUCGAUUAAUUGUACCAGUUAUUCGUGAUAAACGACAUUCUUCAUUAAUAUUAAUUUUGAUUUCAUUUAUUUUAGCUUAUUUUUUUGAAUUUUUUGGUUUAACCAUAUUUUGUUCGAAAUCUGCUAAUCGUAAAAUAACGUAUGAAUGGUUUUUGUAUACAAUUCAUCAACUACCACAAAAUUCAACACAACUGUUAUUGAAUAGUAUCAAUAAUAAGAAAGAUUUAAUGUGUGUAGAACAAUAUAUCCAGUCGAAUGAGACAACUUCAGUGUGUAUAAAACAACAACUCAUGGAAAUAUUAAGUAAGUUGUUACAAUUGACUCAUAAUGUAAAUUUUUUUGAAGGUCGUUAUUUCGAUUUACAUGAACGUUUUAUUGUUCGUUUAAUUCAACAAAUUGGAUAUCAUUUAACUGGUUUCAACUUGAGUCGAAAUGAAAUACGAGUUAAAUAUCAUUAUCAUUCAUGUUUAAUCAAACAAAAUCCAGAAACAUUUUUAACAUUGUAUGAUUUCUUCUAUAGACGAAUGAUUGGUGUCAAUCGAUAUACAUUACUCUUAGUCUUUGGAAGUAUUUUACCAUCAAUUGUCACUAUUUCGGGUAAUAUCACAUCUGUUAUACGUAUCAUUCAAUUACGUCGAUUAACUACAGUUCAUUUACCAGCGCGUACUAACGAUGAUUCACGACGUGUUCUUGUGAUUAUCACAAUUGAAUGUGCAUUAGCUCUUCUUAAUUCUUGGUUUAUUGAUAUUCUAUUAAGUCUCAUCUAUUGUAAAGGUAGUCUACUUAAUAGUGACGAUUGUCCCAUGUAUUUACGAGAAAAUUAUAAUCUAUUAAUAACCCUAGAUUUUUUAAAUUCAAUAUCAAACAUUUUUUUACAUUGUAUAUGUGGUAAACGAUUCCGCCGUGAACUUAGACGAAUGACCGGCGCAUGGUGUCAACAUUUAACAAAAUAUCUUUUUUGUUGCUAUUGCGAAGUACGUUCAUACAAAUCUUGGGAAAGGUCACAACAGCCACCAUUACCACCUAUAGGAAGUAGUAAUGAACUUUCAAAUAAACAAAUUUAUAUAACAAUAAAACCGUCACCCGAAUCAUCAAAGAAAUUAUCAAAAUAUAGUUAUCAUCUAUCAACGACAAGGCAAUGUUUACUUAAUAAGACAGAUUGUUCACCGGCCUCUAUGACUUCACAACCAGAGCAUAAUCGACUAAAAACUGCUCG